UGCGGGAUCUAGGGACCUCGUGAAAUUACUCAGGAAUUACUAUCUAUGUUAAUGUGUGACUCCAACAGGACGAGGCCGGCAAGCCAGAAGGUUAGGCUGGGAAGCAUCACCAAUCGACGAUACCUGGAUAAUGCUAAAAGAAGGAGCAUCUUCUAAUACAAAGGAGCCUGACAAAAGUCGCACCGACAUCAAGACCAAGUCUUCGAAUGCUGCAGCUAGAAGAACUGGUGAUGCGAUGGAUGAUAUCAAUACUUUGCAUAAUGCCCGUAAUGGCGCCGGUGAAUCAUUGAGUGAUCAAUCGAGUGACUGUGACUAUCCUUCACAAUCCACCGCAAUACCCACAUGUGUUGUAGCACCGACGUCAACAGACCCAGACGAGUACAUACCCGCCCGCAAGCAACGCGAGUUCAUACCAGAAAACAAAAAAGACGAUCACUAUUGGGAAAAACGCAGGAAAAAUAACGAUGCCGCGAGGCGAUCGCGGGAAAAGAGGCGAUAUCAUGAUAUGGCGUUAGAGAACCGUAUCGUAGAUCUAACGCGCGACAACUGUGGACUUCGGAACGAACUGUACGCUAUUAAAAAACGUUUCGGGAUACCUCUUAACGAGACGUUUGUCGGAGAUGAUGAGCCUCCUUCACAUCAGAAGAAACAGUCCGACAGUUCAAGUCCACCUUUAGGGGGUGCUAGUGCUGUUGGGGGAAUGUCCCCGGGAAGCAAAGGCAUGCCCGCAGGAUAUUUGCAGAUGGGAACCGGUCGGGGUAGCAUUCCCGCAUCAGUACCCCCGCCUCUCCUACACAUGGCUGGCGGUCUGCCUGUUGGAAUGAACUUCGGUGUCAAUGGUCCGAUGCCGAUGUAUGUUGCAGUAUCUACCUCAGAAGACGUGUCUUCUGGAGCCACCCAUAAUGCGUCCUCGACCUAUCGUGAAUGUGAUGAACAGGAGGGACAGCCCCCUCCUGCACAUUCCCAGCGCAUAAAGAGGGAGGUAGACCAGGAGCCUGUGUUUGGCUCAGACAUUGCCUCAUACUAUCCUGGGCGUCAAGAAAGUCCCGUAUCACUCGUCUCUACCUCGUUGCAUACAGCGGCAUCUGUUUAUUCUCGGAGUCUAACGACCGCCGCUCCGCUAGCAGCAUCGAUCAAAAAUACCAUGGACUAUUCGGAUGAUAAUUCCGCUCAGGAAGAACCCCUUUCCUUAACCGUUAAUAAAUCACAUGGAUUAUCUGGAAACGACAGCUCGAAUUCGACCUCAUCAAGUGAAAAUAUGUCAUCACAAAGUCCCCCGGCUACCGCCCUACCUCAUAAGUUACGUCAUAAGUCCCCUGGCGAGUAUAGCUCUUUCACCCAGUCGCCCGGCCAAUACGGAUCAUUUGCACACUCAGCCGCCUUCGGUAACCCCUUAAUCAACGGUCUAGCUCAAUUAUCGGAGAUUGCACUUGCUCAAUCGGGACCACUUCCUCUUCUCAAGUCGUCCUCAACGGGGAGGAAGACGGGCCACAAACAUAAUCCUCGUUCCCAUAUUGAUCCGAAAUAUGCUGAAAGACGAAGACGGAACAACGAAGCUGCUCGGAAAUGCCGAGAGAAUCGAAAAAGUUUGACGAUGGUACGAGAAGCUAAGUCAGAGUACCUGGCAGGAGAGAACGGGAAACUUCGGGACGAGUUGGAUGAACUCCAGGAGGAAAUGAGGAAGCUCAAGGAUUUGAUAGAAAAGAAACGAGGUAAGGAGGCAAAUGCCCAAGAAUAAUCAGGUCACGUGAUGGAAGAACACGUCCACAUUUCCAUAAGUACGGGUAUUACAGGAUCUGUGAAAAAAACACUUUGAGGUACCCCAAGGGGAAAUCCAUUUCAAUUCAAAUCUUAAAGGCAGCCGCCAUCUUUCAAAUGUUAAUCAGGUAUAUAUUGGGUCAUGCUUUGGCUAGGACCUACACACACUCAGGUAAAAAUUGUGUCGAAAGCGCAAAUCAUAUUAUCUUACCGUUAUAUAGCGUUAAUAUUCACGCCACCUGUUUUAUUCAUUCUCACAUUUUCAAUUGAAAGGAAAUAUUUUUAAAAACUUUUACCUUUUAUAGAUAAGAUUAUUGUCAAAUAUAUUAUUAUUGAGCAGGGAUUUGCCGCUAUACACGCGCAUA